AUGCACGACAGGCAGGAACAGACCGUGGACAAUGCCGUGCGACGGCAGGCGCAAAUGCGGUGGAACUUGUUGCGUACCCACGUUCGUGUAACUCGACGAUUAUUACUUAAACCUGCUCUUGAUCCUACCCGCCAGUUCUUAAAUGCUCAGUAUACCCUGAUUGACGCUUGGAUUGGGUACCUAUCCGCUCCAGACUCUAUGACUUGUCCAUUCGAUCGCUUUCUAGCUUUGCGAGAUCAAUUUUUAUCGCUUUUUGAUGCAGAACACUGUAUUUUAAGUGUCAAUGUGACGCCAUCUUCUGUGAUAGAGUUUGAUGGUCAACAUAUUGUUGGACCUAGUACUGGAACAUCAAUGACAAGGCAACGAACUCAAGAGUUUAUCGAUUGUCCAACUUUUUAUUCCACUGCUACAGCCUGUGCCAACGCACUUAUCAAACCUCCUGAUGGGUGGCAUGAUUUGAAGUCAUAUCUCUGUUUGCCUUUAGUUGAUUGUAACGAUCAUAUUCAGGCUAUUGUUGAGAUAUUCAACACGCGAUAUCAAGCUCAUGAUAUCACUACGUGGCUUGGAAAUUGUGAGAUGGACCACUCGAAACCUUUGCGGUCGUUUCAAUUGACACGUUCUCCACUGAUUGAUUAUUGCGGCUUUGUUGGGGCUUUGAUUCGAUCAAUAACUUCAAAUGCAGGUAGUGAGAAUGUUUUAAGCAGCAAAUGUCAGACGAGUGAAGCAUCAAGUUUAUGGGUACAAGUCUCGCAUGUGCUGGACUCGUUGCAACGUGCACUUGGACUCGACGGGUGGAUUGUGUACGCACACGAUCAGGACGCAAAUGUAUUAUGGGCUUGUCGUGUCAGUGUUGGCGUCAAUCAUGCUGCGACGGUACACAUGGGACACGGAAUUAUUGGACGAGCAGCUUCGACUGCUGAACCUCUCUUUGAUACGGACAUGCUUUGUAUACCCACGUUUGAAUCCAGGCAGAAUUGUGAUGUGGACUUGUGUCGUGUCAUUUGUAGUCAUGUCGGUGCAUUUCUCCAUCAAUUGGCAAUCGAAGAGACUGCGAAAACGGCGCGAAUGAAAGCACAAGCGCUAUUAGAAGUAUCUGACUUGCUUUUUCGUGAACUGGACCGAUCUCCGAAGCCGGCGACGAUGCUUAUUAAGGUGGCACGGAUGAUAGUACAAAAAACAUGGUUUUGUACUUCAGAGUGUACGGUGUUUCUCCGAGAUCCAUUGACUCAUGAACUAUACUCUCCAGGUAAUGCAACACAGGGGGAAUUGAGUGUGCCAGUAUCAUCAGCUAGUGUCCGAGCAAUGGCAGCGGUGCGUACCGGAAAUGUCGUGAAUCUGUACGAUGCUGAGUCGAAGCACAACAAACCUGUGCUUGCCAUUCCUGUAAAAGAUCCGACGUCGGGCUCUGUGCUGGCUAUUUUUGAGAUGGUAGACAAGCAAUUGAGCUCGAACGAAUCGCCCUUACGCGCAAGUCGAGAGAAAGUAUUUUUUGAUCAACAAGAUGAAGAAUUGGCCCGAGAUAUUGCUCGCUUAGUUGCCUCGGCACUACGGCAUACCCAGCGUUUGGACGCUGCACGAAUGGCUCAGCGUAAGAGUGCAGCUUUGCUAUCCCUACGUCUUCCUGCUGCGAUCGGAGCGAUGCCAGGCGAUCAAGCAGGUGCCGUCUUUUCAUCUAUGGAAGCUGCCACUUGUAAAGCGUUACAGGCCGCGCACGGUGCGCUGUUUAUUGUGGAUGCACCGAGUCGCUCGCUAUUUGCACGCGUUGGAGCAGACUGGCGUGGAUACUCGCUUCCUAUUGGACAAAGGCUGCAAGGUCGGGUUGCGGCGACGGGUGCUGCUUUGCGUCUUGUUCGGGAAGCUCAACUUCAUCCCGAAUUUGACAGUGAGUAUGAUCGUAUCUUGGGUCUACAGACAUCUAGUCUGCUGUGCGUACCGAUUAAAGCACAACCGUUAAUGGGUGCGUCUUCAUCCACACAUUUUGGAUCGUCGUCAACUACAGGAAGAGCGGGACGGCGCUGUAGUAGCAGCUUCAGUACAUGCAGUAGCACAGACGAUGACGGUGAUGAUCGUCCGGUGAUUGGUGUGUUUUACGCUGUUAAUAAGAUUAACAUAAAUGGUGAGUCCGAAGGCUUUGAUUCUGAAGAUGAGCAAGUGCUGCGUGCGAUAUGUGUCGAGCUGUCUACACUUGUUGAACGCCGUGCAUGGGAACUGGUAUUCGAAUCGCCCUCAUACGAUGAUAGUGACAGCAGCGAUAGUGAAGGCGAGAGUCAUGUGACGCGAACAUUUUUAUCGCAAUACACGACGGCGUCUCCGAUUCGUCGCCGUCGCCGUCCUCGCUCGCGUCUUCCGUCUGUAGUCAGUGACCAUGAUCAUGCUGCGGCUAUUGUCGCGGCGACAUCGUAUCAUGAAUGCUGCUUUUUUGGUAGUAGUGGCAACAAUGGAACAAUGCUCGCUGCUCAUAUAAACAAUUUAAACCCGGUGCCUGGUCAAGGCGCAUCCAGUCCAAUCUUACAAUGGAAUCUGGAUGUGUGGCAAUUUUCUCCGGCACAGCUCAUCGAUCUCGCUGUCGAUAUGUUCAAGUUUCACGAUCUCAUGGAUAGUUUUUCCCUGUCAGAAGCCACGCUCCGUCGCUUUCUUCACAGCGUCCAGACGCAGUAUCUUGAUGUGCCGUAUCACAAUACGUACCACGCUUUCACGACGCUGCAUGUAACAUUUCUUCUGUUAUCUGCACAAAGUAAACUGCUUGCGCCGUCGCUGAUUCCUGCGUCUAGUGCGCAUAAUGUGGGACCAUCGACGAAAGCUCGAGCUAUCGAACGAAGUCGUCAAAGACGCUGUGGCGAGCUCAUACUUUCGCCACGAGAACGUCUUGCCGUCUUUGUUGCCGCCUUUUGCCAUGACAUGGGUCACGACGCACGGACGAACGAUUUUCAUGUCCGAUGCAGCUCGCGUCUUGCGCGUCGAUACAAUGAUCAUUCAGUUCUCGAAAACAUGCACGCUGCGGCUUGUUUUGAGACCAUGCGACGACCGGGUCACGAUGUCUUAGCCGGUUUAGAGGAUGGCUCAAGUGAAACUGUCGGAAUUCGUCGCGCUGUCCGCAAACGGAUUAUUCGAGCGAUUCUUGCAACGGAUAUGCACCGACACGCAAGUGUUGUGGCUAAACUGCAUGAAGCACAGGUGCGCGGUAGUCGAAAUGAUGAUGAGGCGCUACGGGAGCUUUUGGUGGAUGCUGUAGUCCACUCAGCUGAUAUUUCGGGACCGACGCAAACGGAAGAACAGCAUUUCCGAUGGACAACUCGUUUGUUACAAGAGUUUAAUGAACAACAUGCUGAAGAAGUAGAAUUGGGCAUCUCAGCGACAGCUUUUAUGGAUGGUCGUCCCGAUUCGGCAGAAUUUGCGCGCGUUAACUUAGCGUUUGUGGACUCGUGUGCAUUUCCAUUGUGGAAAGCAUUGAGUGGCUUAUUAACAGGAUUGGAAGGAUGUUUAGCAAAUGUUGAGCGGAAUCGAACCAUGUGGGCGACGCGAUUGAGCAACGCAACGGCACUUGAAGCCGAUGCAAAGAAGGAAAAGUGUACGACGAUACCAGCAUCAGAACCGAGUCCUGAACGACUGUCGAUUACCAAAAAGUUGGUGCGUACAUUACAAGGGCUUGCCACGACCAAAAAGCGAAGGGAAUGA